CUUUACAACUUGUGCUUUUUCCCUUUUGACAAGUCUGCUACUUUUUAACAACAAUCGCCAUGGCAUUGAAGCGAAUUAACAAGGAAUUGAAAGAUCUCGAGCGUGAUCCUCCAUCCUCAUGCUCUGCUGGUCCCAUUGGUGACGAUAUGUUCCACUGGCAGGCCACUAUCAUGGGUCCCGAGGACAGCCCUUAUCAAGGUGGUGUCUUUUUCCUCUCUAUUCACUUCCCUACCGAUUAUCCCUUCAAGCCCCCAAAGAUUAACUUCACCACCAAGAUUUACCACCCCAAUAUCAACAGCAAUGGAAGCAUUUGCUUAGAUAUCUUGAAGGAUCAAUGGUCUCCUGCUCUCACAAUCUCCAAGGUCUUGUUGUCUGUUUGUUCCUUGCUCACUGACCCCAACCCUGAUGAUCCCCUUGUUCCUGAGCUUGCCCACAUCUACAAGACAGACCGCGCACGCUAUGAGGCCACAGCACGGGACUGGACCAGAAAAUAUGCCAUGUAAGGGACGAGAAGAAAGAAAGAUGAGUGCUACAAAGGCCUUCCAGGAGAAUUUUAAUCUUUCUGAUAAAGAGAGAGAGUAAAGAAUGAAAUAGCCUGAUUCUUUGUAGUUUUCUUUUUUUUUAAAAAAAAAAAUCUUGAUUUUCUUAACUGUGCUUUUUUAUGGUAACAUUCAAGGCUGGAAGGUCCUUUUGGCUAUAAAACCCAUUAUUUUCAUCGUCUGCAUAUAAAAUUUGUCCCUCUUGUUAUUUUCCUAA